CGCCGACACUGAGAAAAGCGUGGGGGAGAGCACUGCCCAGGGCUGCAGGAAAUCGGAGGUAGUGUUCCUGCUCCCCUUCCCGGCCUAGAUCCACCCCCUUCUCCCUGCCCCCCCUUUCUCCCGGGGAGCCCCCUCUCAACGCCUCCAGUUCUGAAGCGCGCCCCUGCCAGGGUUAUGAAGCUCGUGAGAAAAGACAUCGAGAAGGACAAUGCGGGCCAGGUCACCCUUGUCCCCGAGGAGCCCGAGGACAUGUGGCACACCUACAACCUCGUGCAGGUGGGCGACAGCCUGCGCGCCUCCACCAUCCGCAAGGUCCAGACCGAGUCCUCCACGGGCAGCGUGGGGAGCAACCGUGUCCGCACCACACUCACCCUUUGCGUGGAGGCCAUCGACUUUGACUCCCAGGCCUGCCAGCUGCGGGUGAAGGGGACCAACAUCCAAGAGAAUGAGUAUGUCAAGAUGGGGGCUUACCACACCAUCGAACUGGAGCCCAACCGCCAGUUCACCCUGGCCAAGAAACAGUGGGACAGUGUGGUUCUGGAGCGCAUCGAGCAGGCUUGUGACCCAGCCUGGAGUGCUGAUGUGGCGGCUGUGGUCAUGCAGGAGGGCCUUGCUCACGUCUGCUUAGUCACGCCCAGCAUGACCCUCACCCGUGCCAAGGUGGAGGUGAACAUCCCCAGGAAACGGAAAGGCAACUGCUCCCAGCAUGACCGGGCCCUGGAGAGGUUCUAUGAACAGGUGGUUCAGGCCAUCCAGCGCCACAUAAACUUUGACGUUGUCAAGUGCGUUCUGGUGGCCAGCCCAGGAUUUGUGCGAGAGCAGUUCUGCAACUACAUGUUUCAGCAAGCCGUGAAGACUGACAACAAACUGCUCCUGGAAAACCGGUCCAAAUUCCUUCAGGUACACGCCUCCUCUGGACACAAGUACUCGCUGAAAGAGGCCCUGUGUGACCCUACUGUAGCUAGCCGCCUUUCAGACACGAAAGCUGCUGGGGAAGUCAAGGCCUUGGAUGACUUCUAUAAAAUGUUACAGCACGAACCUGACCGAGCUUUCUAUGGACUCAAGCAGGUGGAGAGGGCCAACGAAGCCUUGGCGAUCGACACCUUGCUCAUCAGUGACGAGCUCUUCAGGCAUCAGGAUGUGGCCACCCGCAGCCGGUACGUCAGGCUGGUGGACAGCGUGAAGGAGAACGCAGGGACGGUUCGGAUAUUCUCUAGUCUCCAUGUGUCUGGGGAGCAGCUUGGCCAGCUGACGGGAGUAGCUGCCAUUCUCCGCUUCCCUGUGCCAGAACUUUCUGACCAAGAGGAUGAUUCAAGUUCGGAAGAGGAUUAAGACUGACAUUUAAUAGUUCCCUUGUCCCUUUUCUCCACAUCCUUGGCAGGUGCUGCACUUGUUAAUCGUGCUGGGGUUUUUUGUGUGUUUGGUCACACUAGGUGUUUUUUGGUUUGGUUGGCAGGACUUGUAUUCAAAUUAAAUAAACCAAAAGAAAAGAA